AUUACACUGGAUUGCCCUCCCGAAGUGCAACCUCGAACCGUUAGACUGGCCCGAAGAGAGCUCGCUCAACCCUAGCUGCGGCGCCGCCAGCCCGCCGUCGCGCCGUCACGCCGCCGCCGCCGCCCCGUCGCAUCUCGGCCUCAUCCCGCAGGUCUCCGCCCAUCACCGCCCGCAGUCGCCGUGCAGUCAAAUCCCGCAUUUGCGGCCACUGCCGUUGGUCGCCGCCGGCAGCCGGACGACCUGCUCCGUCCACCCCCCAGCAAUAUUCACGCCAGAGCCUUCCCCCAGCUCAAGUCUCCGUCAACCCGCCGACCGCCACCCAUGGCAGAGACCACCGAGAACGAGUACCACACAGGUGAAGAGGAAGACCUGGUCGGAGAGGAGGAAGGAGGCGUCGGGGCCGAAGGCGAGAAGGGUGGAGGGGCCGGAAAGAAGAGGAAGCGGCCUCUGAACAAGAAGAGUCUGGGCGGCUUCAGCAAGCGCGGGGUGUGCUACCUCAGCCGCGUCCCUCCCCACAUGAACCCGUCGCACGUCCGCCAGAUCUUCUCCAAGCACGGCGAGGUGCAGAGGAUCUACCUCGUCCCCGAAGGUCAAGGUCAUCGCAAGCAUAGUAACGUAAAAGCGAAGGCUUACUCCGAAGGGUGGGUUGAGUUUGCAAAGAAACGUGUCGCCAAGAGGGUGGCUAAUCUGCUUAAUGGUGAACAAAUAGGUGGGAAGAAGAGGUCGUCAUUUUAUUAUGACAUCUGGAACAUAAAGUAUCUCAGGAAGUUCAAAUGGGAUGAUCUGGUUGGUGAAAUAGCUGAGAAGACUCAUAUCAGGGAACAGAAAUUAACAUUGGAGAUAACAGCUGCGAAGAAACAACGUGAUCAUUAUCUCUCUAAUGCUGAAAAGUCUCGUACACAGAAAUUUAUUCGUGAGCGCAUAAAAAAGAAGCAAAAGACUGAAGGAAAAGAAUCCAAUGAUGUUGGUGAGACGAAUAACGAUUGUCCAAUUCCUCGACAGAAUAGAGCAGUUGAGGAGAGAGGCCCUAAUAAAAAGGCAAAGCUCUCAAAAAAUAUUCUGGACGGAGUGUUCGGUGGUUCAUCAUGAUCGAUUUUGAUUCCUGGUGGAUUGGAGCAUUGCAAACUGAAUGUUCUAGCACAAGACCAUUGCUGUCUUCACCAUCUGCUCCGCCUUUGUAGAUUAGUCUGUCAUUUUUUUGUAAUGGAGGGUGAAUGGUUUGGUCGUUUGGUGCCAAAUAUAUAUUGCUUCUGCUGUAAUACUGGGAUGGAUGUACACUGUUGUUAAUUUGAAACAGUGAAGUAAUAUUACCCUGUAUUGGCCA